UCUUCGCAGGGGAACCAUAGAGGGAAGAGAGAGGUUUCCCGCCGGAGUGCUUAAGCAAUGCUCAACGAUCCGGCAGUGAAGGGGAAGCAGCGCUUCCGGUAAAGAAGUUGGGAAGAUGAUGGCCACUAGGCGAGCAACGCGGCGAAGUAAGCCGACGCUGUCUUCUGAGGGAAGAAACGAUUCCUCUAUGUGUUUCUCAAUGGAAGGCAGCACACCUGGGAGAGCAACCAGGAGUAAAAGUAAAGGGAAUUUCCACCCAGUUAUCAUUUCUGAAUCUUGUUCUGAGAAAAUGAAGGAGUCUAAAAAACCCCCAGAUACUGAGGAGCAUUUGGAGGUACAAGCUACUCAGAAUAAGAGUGAAGCUACACAUUUAGCAGACUCAGUUGCUGAAUUGCAGACUGAUGGAUAUGUUUCUGAAGCAGAAUCAAACUGUUCCUCUGUCUCUGUACCCUUGUUCAUAAGAGUGACAAGAAGGCGACAAAUUGUACUUCCUUGUCAGUCAGAAUCUCCAGCUAAAAACAGACAAAGCAAGAGAGUGUUUCCCAGUGAAAACAGCAAAUGCCGGGAUGAUGAUCUCUCUGAAUCAGAAUCGUGCGCUUCCCCUGUUUCAGGACUGCAAGCCUCCAAUGUUGCAAGAAUGACUAGAAGCAGACAAGUCAAGGCCACUAUAUUGCCUGUGUGUGAAGUGCAAGCUGAAGAGGUUUCUGAUGCAGAAUCAUGGUGCUCAGGUGUUUCCACAGAACCUUCUCUUCAGUUUAAAAGAAUGACAAGGAGCAUGCGACUGAGACAACAAGCAGAAACAAUAUCACAGGGUGAAAGGAAAAGUGAUGUUGUGGUAGGAGAUGAAAAGUUGCCUAAUCAUGUAUCUAAAUCCCAGACAAUAGUAAUUUCUGAUUCAGAACCCACAAAAUCUGAUUAUGAUGAACAGCAAACAUCCUGUCUCUCAACUACUCAGAGUAAAUCAAAGCACCAUUCUGAAUCUGUCACUAGGAGUGAUCUAAAGCAGAGAUUUUCAAGCAGAUUUUCUAAGAAAAGAGAUCGAGAAUCUACAAAAACAAUGCCUGAAAAAGAGAUGCAAAAGGAGAAGGAUUGUGAAAUUGUGGAGUGUGCAGAGAAAAAUGCAGGAAAGAACAAAAACAUAAGGGAAUCGGCUAGAAAAGAAAUACCAAAUGUUAUUUAUGAAAUUGUGGAGAACACAAAAGAAUUGUGUGAUCAAACAUCAGAAAAAUCUAGAAAAACAGUUGAAAAAUUGUCUCCAGUGAAGAGUGCAGCCACAUUCUCACAGCAGACAGCCCCUAAUAAAGGCAAAAACAAUAUGGAAACCCACAAGCCAGAUACCAGAAUGCUUACACAUAGUUGUUUCCAUCAAGCAGAAGAGGUAAUAGAAGUGGACAAGCUACAUGAAACGGGCAGCCCACAAAAUAUCCCAUCGCAGACUACAGAAAGCAGUGAUGACUGCGGGGUAUCUGUUGUUAGUAUAGAUAGUGAUGGAUGCCAGGAGGAGCCAGUUGCUGAAUCUUCUUCAUGUGCAACAAAAAAAACAGGGGAUGAGAGGUGUUCCACUGUGUCACUUCUUAUCAGUGAUGAUAGCAGUGAAUCUGACAGCAGUGAUUUAGAAGAAACAAAUGAAAUAAAAAUGACUGCUAGUUGUGCGGGUAGCAGUAAGCAAAAUGCACUGGCCUUGGACACCUCAGACAGUGAAGUGAUGUUUGUGAUUGACAAAACUCCUGGCUUAGACUCUAGCAAAGCAUACUACUUAGAAGAGAAGGACACAGGGAAUGAUGGGGAAGGAACAAAAAGCAAGGAGUCCUCAGAGCUGGAAGAAGAUGAAGAGUUUAUCGAUGAGGAGGAAGGUUCAUCGGAUGUGACCCCUACAGCCUUGUCAUUAUCAAGCAGCAUUGACCCUGGCCUAAAUCCUAAAGACCUGGGAGAGUUAUAUAUUAAUUUGGAUUCAGGAAAAGAGAAGUCUGUCUCACAUGGAAUUGUGCCACUGAAGGAGAAGAAAAAGGAUGAGCUCUUGCAGAAGAGUACUAUAACUCCUGACUUUGAAAAAAGGGAAUGUGUUCCACCCUUAAGAGAAUCACUCUACCAACUAAAGAAACAGCGUAGGGCAGAGCGGGGGAAAACAACAGGUGAUGGUUGGUUUGGAAUGAAAGCCCCAGAAAUAACCGAUGAACUGAAAAAUGAUCUUCAGGCUCUGAAGAUGAGAGCAGCCAUUGAUCCUAAACGUUUUUAUAAAAAGAAUGAUAGAGAAGGUCUCCCAAAAUACUUCCAGGUUGGAACUGUUGUGGAUUCUCCAGUAGACUUUUACCAUGCUCGAAUUCCAAAGAAACAAAGGAAGAAAACUAUUGUGGAAGAACUUCUGGCAGAUGCUGAAUUUAGAAGAUACAACAAAAGAAAGUAUCAAGCAAUCCUAGCAGAAAAGGCAGCCCUUGCGGCCGGCAAGAAAAACAGGAAACAGAAGAAAUUUCGUAAAUAAGAUGGAACACUGCUUUGUGCAAAUUUGCAAAUUAUGGGUUAAUAUUUAUCACAUAAGAAACAGGACACAGCAAAUCUGUUUUGGCAGCAAUUUUUGUAACUACCUUUUUGUUCAUUUUGGAAAUAAAAUCAAGAUCUUUCAGUAUCCAUAAACAAAUUGUGUUUCAGACUUCAGAGGAAACAAAUGCUAUUGUGUAAAAUCAAAAGUUCUGGAAAUCAACUGUGUAAAGUGCCCUUUCUAUUUAACCUAUAAUCUGUAAAUCUUUGGGGUGUUUUCAUAGAUAUCUGUUAAAAUAACUGUAAAACUUCCCAAGUCGGGUGAAUUAAUUUAUACUUAAUUUUGUUAAGAAAAUAUUGUAAAGCCACAAAUGUAUACGCUGGAAAAAAUGCUAUCUUGUGAUGUAUUCUAAAAAAAAUCUGCACAUAUGAAUAGCAGUUACAAUCUAUCUCUGGAGGUUUUAUACAAUGUCUUUUUGCAAUGUCAAAUUACAUAUUUUUAAAGGUA